AUGGAUGUAAACACAUCAUUGCCCUGUACCUCUGUAACUCACUUGGAGCUUGCCAAGAUUAUGUGCGAUGCUUCAACUUCAACUGAAGAUUUAAAUUGUACAAGGGAAAUAUCAAUUCAGACCGACUGUAUACCAGUGGAAGAGGCAAUUGAAUUUGCCAAAUCCACUAACCAUGAGGCUCCAAUUUUAAAAUGUAUAAAAAUGGAGCAUUUAUAUUGUAAAGACAUGCCUAUUAUCUUAGAGACUGAAGUGUUCAGUCCAUCUAAGAUAAUAACUUCUACCCCUAUUAAAAUUAAAGAUAAAGAAAUGGAAUUCGGAACCAUUACAGAGGAAUCAAAUGAAGAUCCAAUGGAUCUUUUGGAUUUUUUUAACCAAGAUAUUGCGGAACUACACAAUGUAUCUACAGAUAUUGACAGUAGUGCUGCAAUUGAGAAGUCAGACUUAGAGAGUACUUUGAAUGUCUCCAAAGAGCAAAAGCGUGAUCCAGACUAUGUCAUGGAUAGUUUUUGCACUAUGGAUACAUCCAUUGAUUUAGAUUUGAACACUGAGGAAUUAAAUAUUGAAUUUCAGUGUGUAAAUUACUGA